ACCUCUUGUUGACGCUCUCGCGGCGGAGUCUCGCUCAGGCGCUGCCUCUCGGUUCGGGCCUAAAUUAUUUGGAAGAUGGGGGACGACAGGCCAUUUGUGUGCAAUGCGCCAGGAUGUGGGCAACGAUUCACAAACGAGGAUCACUUGGCUGUGCACAAACAUAAGCACGAAAUGACCCUGAAGUUCGGCCCAGCCAGGGAUGGAGUCAUCGUAGCUGAUCAGACGCCGACUCCCACUCGAUUCCUGAAGAACUGCGAGGAGGUGGGACUCUUCAACGAGCUGGCGAAUCCCUUCGAGCAGGAGUUCAAGAAAGCGGAUGAAGACGACAGUAAAAAGGGCAUCCCUCCAAAACACACGGGGAACACAACGCCUACCAUUGUGCGUCCUGGAACCCUUCUCUUGGCGUAUGACAACAGUCCUUCUCUGCAGCCCACCUUGCCUUCUCCGACCUCCGUUAUCACACCGACGCCCCCAUCCAACAGGACAUUAGCGUCACCCACUGGCCCAGUGCCUGUGUUGUUGCAUCUUCCCAAUGGACAGACGAUGCCUGUCAACAUCCCCAGCAACCUCAGCAGCCCCACUGUUCAGAUGCCCACCGUUAUAUCUAUCGCUCGGCCUGCCUCCAUGGUGCCAAAUAUUCCUGGAAUUCCAGGACCUCCAGUAAACAGCAGUGGGCCUCCAUCACCCUCUCCCCAACUGGUUCAGUCAGAAGCCAAACUGAGGUUGAAAGCUGUGCUAUCACAUCAGGGCCAGUCUGUGCUGAACGGUGGUAUGAUUGUUGGGCCGCUCAGUAUGGUGACCUCCCAGCACGAACCAAGCCAGGUUUGCACACUGUCCCCGGCAGCACCAUCCCCUUCUCAGCCACAGGUGUCUUGUUCUUCUCUGCUCCUCGGGCACAAGGACGUGGACUCGGAGAGCUGUACAUGGAAAACAGACGAAGAAGGAGACAUGGACUCUCCCUCGCAGCCCACCCCGAGCCUGGCCGGACGACGCAGGCGUUUGACGGAGGAGGAUCCCGACGAGCGGCGCAGGAGGUUUCUGGAGCGAAACCGAGCUGCAGCCUCCCGCUGCCGUCAGAAGAGGAAAGUCUGGGUCCUGUCGCUGGAGAAGAAAGCCGAGGAGCUCACACACAUGAACGUGCAAUUGCAGAACGAGGUGACAAUCUUGCGGAAUGAAGUGGCCCAGCUGAAGCAGCUCCUGCUCGCACACAAGGACUGUCCCGUCACGACCCUGCAAAAGAAAACACACGAAUACAUCACCGACGAGAGCCCGAAGGAAAGCUCCGAAGCCACGGGUUCCCCGGCUCCCGUCAUCCAGCACAGCUCGCACGGCGUCGCCACCAACGGCCUGAGCUCCAGGGCCGCAGCCGAGGCCGUGGCCACCUCCGUCCUCACCCAGAUGGCCAACCAAAGGACAGAGCUGAACUUGCCUCUCCACCCCCACGUCAUCAUGUCCACACAGUCCCAGUCUGCCGGCAGAUGAUGACCAACACUCCCUUCCUUCCUUCCCUCCUCCUCCUCCUCCUCCACCUCCUCCUCCAUCUCCUCGUCCUCAUCCCAGCACAAAACCGCUUCGAAACAAGAGCUUAGCAGGUUUAAGCCCAAUUGCUUGAGGGACUGGGCUGGAGGCUGGUGCCUGUCAGUAUCCCCAGGGCCCUCAUCAUAGGCCCUAGGAGCAAGGUAUGGACCUUCGUAUCUUCUAUAUAUUAUCUCCAAACAAAUUCAAAGCCGAACAUUUCUCAACGUUGUUCCUUACUAACCAACAGGGGCUCCUUUCUGGGUUGAUACAAGACCUGAACUGUGUGGUAUUCAAUGUUGAAAUAGCCUCAGCCACAGACUGUUCCACAGGCCUUAUGGUGCUCAGCUGGGAUAGGGAGUUUGGCUCAGGUUAUAUCUCCUCGUCGUGAGAAGCGAUCGCUUUACUCUGCAGUGAACCCCUGCGAGUUCUGAAUGGGAUAGUGUCGAGGGAGCUUUUCCUCUGUAUGUAACCCACGUGAAGCUGAGCUGGGAGUGCUGGACAGAGACUGUUAGAGGAAGCUUUACUCUGUAUCCAAUGCGUGCUGGGUGUAUUCGGGGUGGGGGCAGCAGAGGGGUGGUCGUUUACCCCCCAGCGGGUCGGCGAGGCUGCAUUCAUGCGGUUGCGUUUUGCAUUUCAAUUGUUCCACUGCAAACCUGUGCUAAACCAAAGAUGUGUGCGGUGCAAAACAAAUAGAGUUCCUUUGCAGUCUGGAGCAUGGUACGUGAGGGCAGCCAGCCUUGUGCCCGUGUCUGUGCCAGCCUGGAUCGGGAGACGCCCUGGUUUGUGUAGCAGGUCCCACGACCGAGUGGGGAAACACACGGGUCCAGACUGGCCCUACAGAUAGUCAGUUACCGAUCUCGUCCACCGCAGUGGUUGGCGAUGCGUUGAGCUCAGUGACGUUUGGUGAGGGAGGGUGGACCUGUGGAUGAAAAGAUCAGAGCGUGCUUGCUCUGAUCGCUGUCGAGAGACCCUCAGCUGGGAGAUGUGUUUGUGUGUGUGUGGAGGGGAGGGGUGGGGGAUGUCCGCUGAGGAUGAAAAUGGGGGUGCGAUGCCCCACAGGUCUUUUCCCCAACUCAUACUCACUGUCCAGAGUCACACAUAAAUCCUGGGUGCUCAGUGAGAGCGUGAGUGCCUUCAGAAGAGGAGAAAGUUACCGGAGGUCUGAGAACCUCCUCAUCAUCUGAAAGAUACAGCCUUUUCCCGUCUACUCCAUAUUACAAUACAAUACAAAGUUACAUUCGUAUAGCGCCUUUCACGUCAGGAGGACAUCCCAAGGCGCUGCAUUUACAGAUUGUUUCGUAAAUGUACUUAACGUAAAAACGGGAUUACGUGGAGUCCUGCAGCACAUUGGUUAGAACGAGA